CUCGAAGCAGCGGCAGCUCCGGGGACUCGCGCCUUAGGCGACCCGCUGCAGCUCCCUGGCUCCGGGAUCGCCCUGCGUGCCAGGUACCCUGUCGUUUUGCUGAACGGGAAUAUUUCUGGAUGCUGCCAUGUGCAGAAAUGCCAUUUCAAUCCCGCUUUGUAGCCAUUACGAAUAAGCUUGUAGACAUGAUCUACUGUAACAGGGAAUGCUUCUGGAACUGGCAAAUACCUUAAGAAGAGAUUUUUAGAUGCAAUUUAAUAUCGCAUGCCUUGGAAAGCAGGCCACAGCACGGAAGGUACUCAAAAUGGUGUAUGGUGAGUUCUUCCACAGACCGGGACAAGAUGAGGAGCUUGUCAACUUAAAUGUGGGUGGCUUUAAGCAGUCCAUUGGCCAAAGUACAUUGCUCAGAUUUCCCCAUACAAGACUUGGGAAACUACUCAAAUGCCAUUCAGAAGAGGCUAUUCUGGAACUGUGUGAUGACUAUAGUGUUGCGGACAAAGAGUACUAUUUUGAUAGGAACCCUUCCUUGUUCAGAUACGUGCUGAACUUUUAUUACACAGGUAAACUCCACGUUAUGGAAGAGCUGUGUGUUUUUUCCUUCUGCCAAGAAAUAGAAUAUUGGGGGAUCAACGAGCUCUUCAUUGAUUCCUGCUGUAGCAAUUGGUAUCAAGAAAGGAAAGAAGAAGGUCCUGAGAAGGACUGGGAUCAGAAAAGCAACAACGGGAGUAUAGACUCUACCUCGGAAGAGUCUUCCAUAUUUGAGAAGGAGCUUGAGAAGUUUGAUAAACUGUGGCUUGGGAACUUGCGCAGGAACAUAUGGGUCAGAAUGGAGAAUCCUGGAUAUUGUUUGUCAGCCAAAUUAAUUGCGGUUUCUUCCCUGAGCGUGGUCCUGGCCUCUAUAGUGACCAUGUGUAUCCACAGCAUGCCAGAGUUCCAAAAGCUGGAUGCCAACGAAAGAGAGGUCGAAAACCCUGUUUUGGAAGUGGUGGAGAUCAUCUGCAUCAUCUGGUUCACUUCGGAGCUCGUGAUCAGGUUGGCUGCUGCCCCAAGUCAGAAGAAGUUCUGGAAGAAUCCAUUGAACAUCAUUGAUUUUGUCUCCAUCAUCCCAUUCUACGCCACCUUGGCGGUGGACACCAAGGAGGAAGAAAGUGAAGACAUUGAAAACAUGGGCAAAGUGGUUCAGAUCCUACGGCUGAUGAGGAUAUUCCGUAUCCUCAAGCUGGCAAGGCAUUCUGUUGGGCUACGCUCUCUGGGUGCCACAUUGAGACACAGUUACCAUGAAGUUGGGCUUCUACUUUUGUUCCUGGCUGUGGGGAUUUCUAUUUUUUCCGUUCUGGCCUAUUCCGUGGAGAAAGAUGACGAGACUUCAGAACUGCAGAGUAUCCCCAUCUGUUGGUGGUGGGCCACCAUUAGCAUGACCACUGUUGGUUAUGGGGACACGUUUCCGGUCACCUUAGCAGGAAAGAUCAUCGGAACGUCCUGCAUUAUCUGUGGGAUAUUAGUGGUUGCUCUUCCCAUCACCAUAAUUUUCAACAAAUUCUCCAAAUACUAUCAAAAGCAGAAGGAUAUUGAUGCGGACCCGUGCAACAACACCAACCCGCCAGAGAAAACAAAUGAGCUUCCGUAUUUUAAUAUUAGGGAUAUUUAUGCAAAAAGGAUGCACUCCUUUAUUUCUAGCCUUUCUUCAGUAGGAAUUGUAGCCAACGAUCAAGACUCAACGGACGCUUCCAGUAUCCAAGAUGUUGAAGAUGUUUAUAACAUAACGUCUUUGCAGAAUGAACGGGCAUCUUUAGUCUCAUCGAAGACACAUCUGUGACUGGACCUGUAGUCUGCUGGUUACCUCUGGCACUAAGCACAGCUAAAAGCAUCCAUACAUAUUGAAGAGAUGCUUCAGCACUCAACUAUUGAGAAUGGUUAAAGGAUCUCUCCCUAAAGCAACCCUAGGGGAAAUAACCAUAAGCAGUAAGUGGCACAAAAAUGGGGCAGUGCUGACAGAUGUUGCUAGAGCUUAUUGUGCAUUUGCGGUUACAGCUUCGCACCAACCCCCCCUCCCCAUUCCACCAAAAAUAAAUAAGCCAUACAUACCAUUGAUUGCCUCAUUUUAUAUUUUUGGCCAGCAAAAAGUUUUUUAUCGAAUCACGUAAGCCACAUGAUGUAAAUUUCAUGUUCUCCUCCCCCAUGAAUUAAUAUGUUCUCCUCCCCCAUGAAUUAAUGACAACAUCUGCUUUUGGGAUUCAGCCUAACUUUGCCAAAUGCUUCCUUGCCGCCAUGAUUACCACCAUUCCUUUUGCUGCUGAAUGAUAAUGAUGAUCGCGAUUUAUUGUGACCUCCUCUCGUUAAUACUGCUUGCUGUUCCUUCGCUUGUGAACUGUUAAAAAUUUCAGUAAAGAGGAUACUUUAUCAGUAGGCCAACUGCGCAGCUAUCUCGGCUAACCACUUCACAAUAAGGCAGGCUACCUCAACACCAAUAAAAC